CUGGAGUUCGCCGCCAACCAAUAGGCGUUGAGACCGGCGGCAGCAGAGGAAGGCAAAGAUGGCGGCUGCCGUGGCGCUGCUCUCCGGUUGCCGAGGCCUGGUUUCCGGGUUGCUAUGGGGCGGCUGGGCCAGGGUCUCGUCCCGGGGGCUCCGGCAAGUUGUAGAAAGGACAGAAGGAAACACAACUGUUAUUGAAGGCAAGAUUCUUGAAGUUGUAGAAGCUCCAACUCCUCCAAAUCCCUCUGGGCAGUGUCCUAUCUGUCGCUGGAAUCUGAAGCACAAAUACAAUUUUGAAGACGUCUUGUUGCUUAGUCAGUUCAUACGCUCUGAUGGAGGGAUGCUGCCUCGGAGGGUCACGGGCCUUUGUACAGUAGAGCAUAAGAAGAUUGCAAUAUGUGUCCAAAUGGCUCAUCGAGCAGGUUUGCUGCCAAAUCAUAGGCCUAAACUUCCAGAAGGUUUUGUUCCAAAAAAUAAGAAGCUACCUCUCAACAGGUAUCUUACCCGAUAUUCUAUCAAAUCUAUGAAGCCCAUCUACAACAAGGGCCGAAAGUGGUGCAAGGUUCCUAUGCCGAUAUCACAUCCCAUCCUCAGAGAUAAUGUUAAUUAUGGAUCAAAGCCUCUUCGGUUUAACCACUAAAGUAAAUUAAGGAGCUGUACUGGCAGUACGUUGCAACAAUUCAAUCAGUACAACAUUUCAAUAAUUUCUAUCUCUCUUACAUUCUAGAAGAGAAAGGGGGUGUUUCAUUCUGGCUAGAAGCAUGCAGAAAUUAGAUAAAAGGCAAUUUACUGAUAGCUUCACAAUAACUUUUUUGUAUUUAAAUCUUAAACUCUUCAAGUAAACUCCUGUGUAAAAUGCCAUUUUAGUUCUUAUUAUUUUUCACCCUAACAAGUACAAGAAUAUUUUAAUCACUAGUUAAUGUCUUAAUUCACAGUAAUGUUUGCUUAGAUGGUGGCAGCCAAUGCUUUUUGCAGUUUUGCUAGUGUGUGUUGGCACUUAAAUAGAAAGCAAAUGUGAUUUUCUAGGAGAAACAUGGUCAUGUAUGUUCUACAAGAGGAAUUGCACAGACAAGUAGUACUCCACCAGGUACAAUAUAUGCAAUAUGCAUCUUGUUGGAGUAAUAAUAAUGUAAAAAGAACACUUCCUGAUCAGACGAAAGAUCUAUCAAAUCAACAUUCUCAAACUGCUCCUGGGAGCCCUUGGGGCUCUGCGAGAGGUGCUCAGGAUCUCUGCAGGCACAGCACCUCCUCUGGGGUUUCUGCUAUUAGUAGUUUUAGUAUUAUUAUUACAAAGGCUGGAUGGCUAUCUGUUGGGGUGCUUUGUGUUUUUCCUGCAUGGCAGAAGGGGAUUGGACUGGAUGGCCCCAGGGGUCUUCCAGUUAAAUAGUUAAAUUUAUGUUGGUUAAAAUUGUUCUUCAUUUUAAAUAUUAUUAUUUUUUGCAUUUUUGUGAAUUAGUUCACAUAAACACUCACCUGGCCCAUGCCUGACACACAUAAAAUAUAUAAACAUUUCUUGGGGCUCAACGAGAAACCUUUGCUUCAAAAAGGGCUCCACAGCGGAAAAAGUUUGAAAACCCCUGGUAUAAAGAAAUAGUCCACUGCU